AUGGAAAAAUCUUGGAUGCUUGCCGAUAGGAGAAGUAAAGAGUAUGAAGAGGGAGUUGAAGAAUUUCUAAGGAUAGCAUUAGAAAAUGCUAUUGAUCAUGAACGCAUUCGUUGUCCAUGCCAGAAAUGUGGGAAUACAAGAGAGUUUACGAUUAGAGUAAUAAGGGAGCAUAUGUAUUUUAAUGAACCGCAGCCGGAACGUGAUUUUUUUGGUGAAACGGUUGACAUGUGCGAAGGUGCACAUGAACACUUCACUGAAAAUCCAGAGGAAUUUAAGAAGUUUGUGGAGGAAGCCGAGAAGCCUCUUUAUCGUGGGUGUUAUAAGCACACCAAGUUAUCAGGAUUGGUUAAGUUGUACAAUCUUAAAGCAAGGCAUGGCAUGACCAACAAUUGUUUUGCGGAUAUACUGAUCGAAGUUGGUGAUUUGCUCCCGAUCGGUCAAGAGCUACCCUUGUCUAUGUAUAAGGCAAAGAAGACGUUGAAUGCAUUGGAAUUGAAAUAUGAGAAGAUACAUGCAUGCUCUAAUGAUUGCAUUUUGUAUAGCAAGAAGUAUCAUGAUUUGACAAGCUGUCCUAAAUGUGGCCUUUCAAGAUGGAAGGUAGCGAGUAUUGAUCAAUUACACUUGACAAUAUUGUUUACAGGAGAGAUUCGUAUUUAA